GGUUCAGUCAACCUUAACUAGUACCCGCACAUCGUGUUAACCAGUCGCGGAACCAAUUCGUAGUAUAGUACCAUCGCAUCCUCCAAUAAAAAUCUAUAUGGAACAUUAAAUUGAAAUUCGAAAACUUCCCGUUACACGCUCUUAUCAACCGCUGAUAGUGAUAACAGACGUUAUGGUUAUGGUUAUGGUUAUCGACCAUUCUUCGAGCUUUUUCGUUAUUUACCUAGUUGUUCGAAAGUGGUGUUGUUAAUCUGUGAUAGUACAGUAUAUAUAUUUAUUGUAAAACAUGUUUAAAAGACAGCGUUCGAAAAAUAGUUCUUCUGGAAUGCAAAACGGGGAUGGUACCCCGCCUACUAUCGUGGAGAAUAAUGGGGGGAAACCCCCCGUGUCUCCCGUUUCGAGGAAUACCCUGCAGUUUUAUUCUCAAUUAGCGCACGGGAGUCCUACGGCUUUUGUGUCCGGAUUUUCUAAUGUUAAGGAGUUGUAUGAUAAAAUUGGGGAAUGCUUUGACAUACCGCCCUCAGAGAUUUUAUUUUGUACAUUAAAUACCUACAAGACAGACAUGAAGAAACUUCUUGGAGGUCAGAUCGGUUUGGAAGACUUUAUAUUCGCUCACAGAAAAGGCAGGCCUAAAGAAGUGGAAUUAACAAAAUCAGAAGAUGCACUAGGGCUUACAAUCACUGAUAAUGGCGCAGGAUAUGCUUUCAUUAAAAGAAUAAAAGAAGGAUCUGUCAUUUAUAAUAUACCACACAUACAGGUAGGAGACCAUAUAGAAAAACUCGACGGACAAAACAUGGUUGGAAAACGACAUUUUGAAGUGGCCAAAGCACUUAAAGAUAUUCCAAAAGGAGCCACCUUUACAAUUCGAUUGGUCGAACCAAUGAAAAGCGGAUUUUCUAGUAUAGCACCCAAACUAAAUAAAACAAAUGGUACGAAAAAGGGUUACGGUAGUGGUAAAGAGACUUUAAGGUUCAAAGCGAGUGGGAAAGCUGAAAUCCAAGAGCAGGACUCGAUGAUGGACGCUGGUGUCGAAAAAAUCAACAACAUUCUAGAAUCGUUCAUGGGCAUCAACGACUCCGAGCUGUCGGCGCAGAUAUGGGAAUUAUCGGUGGGCAAACAGAAUUCCAUGGAUUUUGCUGAAUCCAUAGAUGAAUCGGAUCUCGCCGUUUUCGAAUUCAGCGACGAGAUUAUCAUUGAACUUUGGGGGGCAAUCACUGAUGCAAGAGAUGGAAGGUUAUAAUAAACAAUAUGUGCCAGGAAAAAAAAUGUAUAUGUACAUUACGAGGGAUGUUCGAAAAUUAGUAGGGAUAAUUAUUUUUUAUAUUUAUGAUAGUUGUGGUCCACGUUGUCGAUCUUAAAUAUAAAUGUAAAAGUGAUACAUAUAUUAUUUAUUAACUACUAUACCAUUAAAUUUGUUAAAUUUUGUUAAAAUAGUGCUCUCUGUUCAUGUAUUAUUUCAGAAACCUAAGAUAAAAGGAUCAUUAAAUAUUAUAUAUACUUAUGUUUACUCCUUUUUUGAACUCCCUCGUAUUUAAUUGCAAUUUCUCAAUAGUAUUAAUAGGUAUUUGUUCUAUUUAAUAUUAUAAAACUAUUUUUAACUUUGUAUUUUUUGUAAAUCUAAAAAUUGCCUACACUUAAAUAUUUGACAGAAAUGCCAAUCUUGGUAUGUAAUAAAAAAAUUGUGAGAGAAAAGCAGGAGUGUGUCUUAAAUAUGGUUUAAUUAGAUAUUUUGGAAUAAAAUCACGAAUAUUAAAUAAUUUUGUUCCUUUAGUUUAAAAAAGAAGAUUAUAUUUCGAUGUUAUAAUAAAAUAAAAAUGUUAUAUUAAAUUAAAAGUCCUCAGUAGUAUUUUGUAACUUACACAUCUUAAUUUAAACAUAUUUUAGGCUUUUGUAAGAUUGGUUUUAAUACUUCUGCGCUAUUUAUAG